CCCUCUGUCUAUCCACUCCGGUCUCUCCCCUCAGCUGGCCUGUCUGCCUGCCUGCCUUACUGAGCAAGUCGCUCUGACCAUCCCAGACUCAUUUCAUUCAAAAGAAAACCUACUUCAGAAUGUCUUUUAGGACCUCAACCACCUCCUACAGGAGUUCUUCUGCUCCACGGAACUUCAGCAGCAGCUCAUAUGCUGGACCAGGUGGCGUCACCUCCCGCAAGAGCUUCACUGUCAAGAGCUCUUAUGGAGGUUCUGGUAGUGCAAGAGGAUUUGGAGGAAUCAGCAGCAGCUCUGCCUACAGCUUGAGCUCAAGCAUGGGCGGUGCAGGAGGCAUGGGCAUUGGCACGGGUAUGGGUAUGGGUAUGGGUAUGGGCUUUGGUGGUGGCAUGGUUGCUCAGGCCCCCAUCACUGCCGUGACUGUGAACAAGAGCCUCCUGGCCCCCCUGAACCUUGAGAUUGACCCCACAAUCCAAGCUGUCCGCACCCAAGAGAAAGAGCAGAUCAAGAGCCUCAACAACCGCUUUGCCUCCUUCAUUGACAAGGUCCGCUUCCUGGAGCAGCAGAACAAAAUGCUGGAGACCAAAUGGCAGCUGCUGCAGGGACAGACCACCACCCGCUCUAACAUUGAUGCCAUGUUUGAGGCCUAUAUCGCCAACCUUCGCAGACAGCUGGACAGUCUUGGCAACGACAAGAUGAAGCUGGAAGCAGAUCUGCACAACAUGCAGGGCCUGGUGGAGGACUUCAAGAACAAGUAUGAGGAUGAGAUAAACAAGCGCACCGAGUGUGAGAAUGACUUUGUCCUCAUCAAGAAGGAUGUGGACGAGGCCUACAUGAAUAAGGUCGAGCUGGAGGCCAAACUGGAGAGCCUUACAGAUGAGAUCAACUUCCUCAGGUCGAUCUAUGAGGAGGAACUGCGUGAGCUCCAGAGCCAGAUCAAGGACACCUCAGUCAUUGUGGAGAUGGACAACAGCCGUAAACUGGACAUGGACGCCAUUGUGGCUGAAGUCAGGGCCCAGUAUGAAGAUAUCGCUAACCGCACCCGUGCCGAGGCAGAAACGUGGUACAAGACAAAGUUUGAAGAGAUGCAGACAUCCGCCAGCAGGUAUGGAGAUGACCUGAGAGCAACCAAGACAGAGAUCGCAGACCUCAACCGCAUGAUCCAGAGACUGACAUCAGAGAUUGAUGCCGUCAAGGGACAGCGUGCCAACCUGGAGGCCCAGAUCGCUGAAGCUGAGGAGCGUGGUGAGCUGGCAGUGAAGGAUGCCAAGUCCCGCAUCAAAGACCUGGAAGAUGCACUGCAGAGAGCCAAACAAGACAUGGCACGCCAGAUCAGAGAAUACCAGGACCUGAUGAAUGUCAAGCUGGCUCUCGACAUUGAGAUUGCCACUUACAGGAAGCUGCUGGAGGGAGAGGAGGACAGAUUGGUUAAUGGCAUCAAGGCUAUCAACAUCUCUCAGCAGAGCACAAGUUACGGUGGUUUACCCAUGGACAGUCUGAAGAGCAGCUACUCAAGCAGCUACUCCAGUGGGUUCAGCAGCGGCUACGGUGGUUACGGUGGCGGCUUCAGCAGUGGCAGUGGCAAUGUUGGCGGUUACACCUCCACCACCACCCAGAGCAAGAAGAAUGUCAUUGUCAAGACAAUUGAGACCAAGGAUGGCAGAGUGGUUUCUGAGUCCUCUGAGCUCUAUGAAGAUUGAGCUGUCUAGUUUAGAGGUGUAGCUGCCCGUCUGCUAUGAUCUCCUCUGCCUCUCUGGUAGUUUUGUACUCACAGUUCACCCACUUCAACUAUCGUAAUAAACAAGUCUGAAGUAAAAUGCUUACCAGCCAUUCUCCACCACAUCAUAAACAUGUUUUUCAUGAAGCAAAAAAUGAUCAUAACACUACCAAAGAUCAAAGAUCUAAAAGGGACCAAAGAACUUACGUUGUAUGUUUGAUGUCUGACUCUUUGUACUAAAAAGAAGUAAUUUUGUGUCACAACAAGAAGUUUAAAAAUGGGCAAAUUGCAAGUAGGAAACAAAGUAUGUUUAUCAAGUUCCCAUGAAGUCAACUGCUGUUUCAUACAUGAAGGGCCGUUGUUUCGCACUAUGCGGACAGUGACGUUGUCAAAGGAAUGUGAAUAUAGUGAAUCAGAGCUUCAGUGUCAUUGGUCAACUAAUGUCUUAAAAUUGCCUGCUACAGUAGGUAGUGCAUGUCUUCCCUGUGCGUGUCCUGUAACUGAAGCUGCUCGACCCCUUAGGAGGCUGCCCAUGUCAGAUAUUGUCCUGAGGUGCUGUUUUUGCUACCAAACUGAAUAAAAAUGUGUUUACUGAAA